UCAGAGACAGAGAAACUGUGGGCCAUACAGAGAGAAAGCACAAGAGAAGGAGAGACACUCAGGAAGUUAACAGGGGAAGUUUAGUGGUUUCUUGCGUCAUCAUUUUAUGCUGCUACUUGUGUGCCGAUGCAGAGUGAAGGGUGGACGAUAAACCAAAGUAUGUCCUAACACUCGCAAUGCAAUAUAGCUUACAGAGGAAACAACCUGAACCCAACAACAUGCACUGAAACAAGGGAAACAGAAACAGCAGCAGCAUUGUCAAAUCUCUGAAAUGUGCAGCACCUCAUCAAAGUCAGUGGCACAUUAACCGAGGUGGUCAACACAUCCAGCAGCCGCACGGACAGUCAGUUAGUCUGACGGUCACAAACAGAGCAGCUCGGGCCGGUUCUGAAUGUGAGGUGAAAACAGCAGACAGGAAGAGAUGAGGAGAGUUCGGAGAAAAGGAGGGAACAAAGAGAAGGUGUUUGGAUGUGAUCUGCUGGAGCACCUGAACGCCUCCUCUCAAGAGAUUCCUCUGGUCUUGCGAUGCUGCAGUGAGUUUGUUGAGAAACAUGGAAUCGUGGAUGGAAUCUACAGGUUGUCUGGAGUGUCGUCCAACAUACAGAAACUAAGGGGUGAGUUUGAGAGCGACGGGAGUCCAGAUCUGAACAAGGAUCUGUACCUGCAGGACAUCCACUGUGUCAGCUCUUUGUGUAAAGCUUAUUUCAGAGAGCUGCCCAACCCUCUGCUCACAUACCAGCUGUAUGACAAGUUUGCUGAGGCCGUGGCCAUCCAGCUGGAGGAGGACAGGCUGGUAAAGAUCAGAGAUGUGCUGAAAGAACUCCCAACACCACAUUACAGGACUCUCGAGUUUCUGAUGCGCCAUCUUGUCAGAAUGGCCUCAUAUUGCACAGAGACCAACAUGCACUCCAGGAACUUGGCCAUCGUCUGGGCCCCCAAUCUGCUCAGGUCAAAGGACAUUGAGGCGUCUGGGUUUAACGGUACAGCAGCCUUCAUGGAGGUCAGGGUUCAGUCCAUCGUGGUAGAGUUCAUCCUCACACACGUCCCUCAGCUGUUUCCUGAACAAGGUGAAUCAAAUGCGAGAAGGAAGUCCCUCCCCUCCCCAUCAGCAGCGUCCAGUCAGGAGGAAGGGUUUUUCAAAUCUGUUCCUACUCAGCCUUUCCCCAGCUUUGGUAAUAUCAGUCCAGGAGAUGGUCCUCUAGCCAUAAGACCCUACCACGCUAUCAUUGAAGGCACAGACAAGAGGAAAGGAUCUCUCAAAGGCAGGAAGUGGAUGUCCAUCUUCAACAUCGGAGGACGAUUCCACGACCCACGACGGAGGCAGAAACCUUCAGCCAAAGAGAAAGACAGGCCUGCUCUGAGACCAGCAAGAAGCAUGGACUCCCUCAGCACCCAGGCCUAUCCAAAUGAAGGUUCCAGAUGUACUGCCCAGCGCCCUCCGUCCACCAACAUCCCCAAAACGUCUCCCCUCUCCACCCCCUCCUCCCAGUCUGGCUCAGAGGUCACGUCAUCCACCGGUGCGAUAGGUGGCAGUGAAUAUGCAGUGACCUAUCGCAGGGGAACAGGGUUAGUAAGCGGGAGUACAGGGACCCAGGGCACCUACACUUCCCUGGACCCUGAAGGUUCAGGACUCCCAGGCAAUGAGACUCUCCAGUCCAGAUCCCCAGGACUCUCCACUAAAGUAGGCAGAAGAGCAGCCAUGCACAUCACAGGGCCCACCAUGGUCACUGUGCCCCUGCAUAUCACCUCUAACCUGGCAUUAGGAGUGCUGCAAGGGGGAGGGGGAGACAGGGUCAUCCAUCGUGGCAGGGAUAAGGAUGGAGGCGACAGGGUGGAUGGUAAGGAGGAAGGAGAGAAGGUAGAGAGGAAGGAAAGAAGAGAAAUGGAAAGGAAGGUGGAAGAAGGCAGAAAGGUUGAGAAAGAGAAGAAGAAUCACAGUGGGAAAGUGACGGACAGGGAAGGGGUCGUGGAUGCAGAAGGGAAUACAGUGGCAGGUGGUGGUGAGGAGGAAGAAGGUGAAGGAAAGAAAGAGGAGGAGAAGGAGGAAGAGGAGGAGGUCAGCGAAGAACGUAGAUCGAAGCCGGAUGUGGUGAUGGGAUGUCGAGGUGUGUCCAAAGAGCAACGAGUCAAAAGCGUGACUUCCAACACAGAAGAAGAUAAUGACGAAGAUGCUGUCAAUGAUGACAAGAAUGUCGAUGAUGAAUACAUGGACAUGAAAGGGCUGAAGCCAGGUGAUUUUCAGCCAGAGGUGACUCAGUGUGUUGAUGUCGCUGUGUUUGAUGCUUCUGACAUCCUCAACUCAACUGAAGUGGAGGAGGACGACCAGGGGCUGUCUGGCUACGUUCACGAUAACUUUGAUUUCCUGGACCAUAUGGACUGCAGCGUCUUGGACCAUAUGGACUGCAGCGUCCCCUACCAGGUGAACGAGUUCUCCGUUGAACCUCCUGGUCACUCAGAUGAUGAGUAUGAAGUUAUGGUGCGAGCUCAGCCUUCCCAUCAUCCCGCAGCGCUGCAGACACACCUGCUACCAGGCCCUGAAACACACACCCAGAGUCAGUUAAAUCCACAUAGGCCGCUCAGCCUCGACUUACACAGCCGACACACUAAAUCCCUCAGCUUGCCGUACAUGACCUCACCUGUUCACGGACCGGAGGAGUCUUGCUCUGAAGAAGAGGUUGAAGGGGACGACAGUGAUGAUAACGAUUACAUUAGUGACGAAGAAGAUGAAAGCAUGUUUGUUAAAAGCCUUCCCCCUGAUUUCUUUUUAAACAAUUUGACCGAGUUUGAACCAGACACUGAUAAACAAGACAGUUGCACUCUUGAUGGAGUUCCUAUACAUCAAUUACAGAGCUCUGAGGAAAGAGAAUGCCUGUCGCUGAACCUUGAAUUUUCAGCAUGUAAAGAAUCAACAGCUGGAGAUCAGGAGCGGGUAGAAGAGAAAGACAAAGAAGAUAAAGAUGCACUGGAAGAAAAGGUGACAACAAAGAAGUCAGAGGAAGAAAAUGUCCACCAGGGAAGAGACCAACUGGAAAACAAUAGGCAAAGCAAAGAAAUAGAGGAAGAUUGCAGUGUCAUGGAAAAUGCUCAAAGUAACAAAGAACAACCUCUCACUUCAGAGGCAUCAACACACUCCUGCGCUGAGCAUCCGCUGGCGAGCAAUGAUGAAUCAAGCACAAUGGCUGACAUAACGGUCGAGGAGGAGAAGGAAGUGGUUGAUAAUCCUCCGACUGAUUAUCCACCUUGUCAUGUGGAUUCUUGUGUAACACAGAAAGAAACUGCUGACGUUCCAUUAGAGGAGUCCAGAGACCUUUCUGUAAGGGCAACAGAACAAUGUCAAGAAAUGGUUCUGGAAACAGAAGAAAGUGAUGAGAACAUGUGGGAAGAAACCACAGAGGAAGGCAAUGACGUGAUAGCUGACAAAGAACAUGAAGGAAAUAUGCAGGAAGGUGGCAAAAAGCAGGAUAGUGCAAUUUGUUGGAUAAGCAGUGAAAUUUGGUAUGAACUUGAGGAUGUUAUAUGUGAAGUGAUAGAGGAUGAGGAAAGUAAGCAGGUUGAGAAGAAGAGUGCAAGAGAAAGUGUUGCUGGGGAGGGAGAUACGAUCGUAGAUGUCAAAGUUGGAGAGGAGGAAGAGCAGAUAGCAACGGUUUCAGGAGAGAAAAUGGUGGAAGUUGACGAAGGAGGGACAAACGAGACAGAAAUAGAGGUGGUGGAGGAAUCAAUGGAGACAAGUGAAGAAAAGCUCACAGACCCGGAGAUGCAGCAAGAGUUUGAAGAAAAAGAGACAAACUUACCAAAGACAAGUGAACUAGAUGAAGCAAUUGAAGGGAAGCACGCCAUCAAUGACAAAGCACAGCAUCAUGACAGAGGAGAUGUGUUCUCAAAAGAAAAAGAAAACAAUGACAAAGAGAGAGCUGAUGAACAACGUAGAACACCGCCGAGUGUAGAUAAACAACUAAAAGACAUCAGGUCUGACAUGAAGGAAUUGACAGAGGGCACAAAGUGUGAGAAAAGCGACAGCAGCCGAGGAGGAGUAGGAAGGAAGCUGGUCAUCGCCAAACAUCCAAAAGUUUACCAAGUAAAAGCGGUGCCAGUCGUGCCUCCGAAGCCGCAGCACUGCAAAAUCACCGCCCUGACCCUCCGACAGCAGCAGCAGCAUAGAGAGAGAAGAGACGCAGACAGAGGGAGAGAAAACACGCUGAUGGUUUGUGCAGGAGGACAGGGGGAAAAAGACGGCGACUGCGAAGACCAGGGCAGGGGGAGAAAGGAGAAGGCAACACCCUGGGGAGGGGAGAAAGAGAGGGAAAGGAGGAGGGAUGGGGAUGAAAGUGCCACAAACAGAAACAGUCCCCUCAGCAUGUGUUUUGACGAGGCUGUUGCCAUAGCAACCAUGAGGCGAGAAAAGGAGAAAGAGCGAGAAGGAGAAGGAGAAGGAGAGGCAGAAGGAUUGGGGAAGUGAAGUUCAGUGAAGGUUUUUUAUGGUCUGUAUAUUGAUUUAAACUUAAUUGAUUGUACAAACUAUUUUUUUUUCUACAUGUGACAUAAAUGGUUGUAUUCUUCCUGUACUGAGAGAAGAUUUUCUUUCAGUAUAAAUUACAACAACAGUAUUGUCUAUGCAAUACUACUAAAGAUGUUUAGGUGGUUUUUCUGCCAUGCACAAACUUGAUGUAGGCAGGAAACAAAUAGGUUUUUAGUAUUUUUUGGAGGAGGAUUUUUCUUCAUUAGACAGAGAGCUGUAGAGAGCUGACAGGAAAUGAGGGACAACAUGCAACAACGGUCCCCGGCCGAACUCCAACCACGGAUGAUGCAAUGACGUGGUCAGCGUCUUAAACCCCUAGGUCACCAGGACACCGCAUCAGGUAGCUAAUAAACGAAUAGCUGCAAUUGUGCUACCUGCUAUUAAGUUAAAUAAAACUGAAACUGAAAGGUGGGAUUAAAGGUGAAGUGCUGCUGAAUCAUGCUGAGGAAGAAAUAUUUGACAAUCCAUCUGAAUAAACAGAUGUUUUCUUUUUCAACCCAGAACUCUCAUAGAUUCCAUACUCUAAAACAAAACAUCCCACCAUUUGAUAACUCAAUUAUGAUCAAAAGUAAAAAGAUUGGCCUUAUAUCCAGCUCACUUCUGUUUGCAAUAGUUUAACUAUACAGUACUUUGUAAUUAUAUAAAGUAUAUGUGUGUAUACAGUAUAUGUAUAAAUAAGUGGUUGGCAAGUAUGUAGUUAAAUGGUUGAUUUAAAUGUUAAAUAAUUUGAAAGAGCAGGAACGAUAAAUGGAAUAUAUCAUUUAUGAUAAAUAUAAUGUCUGCAAAAGUAAUGUUUUUUUGGUUUAUGUGAAUAAAAAGAUGUUUCCAAGA